CAUUUAGCUCACCCACACGCAUAGUCUUCACCAAAAUCGAUCUUUCUCAAAUGAAUCAUGGAUCCUUCUAGGGAACUAUUUAAUGGGACUCCUAGAGAGAGUUUUGAGGGUGGAAAUGCACCAGAAAUGGCAGGACAAACAGAGUUUACGAAUACGCAUGGAACUCCAUAUGGAGUGGAAGCAAACAAUAGAAAUUGGCAGGUUCCAUUAUAUUGGCAGCAUCACGGAAAUGAAAUGACUGGAUCAAGUCCACGGAUGGAAUAUGUUGCUUCAGAGUACGAAUCUAAUGGAGGGUCUGUUAGCCCAAAUAGUACGGCAGCUGGUGCUGGGACUGCAGGUAAAGUAGAUCACCGUGGGUUAAAUCAUAUACAGAACGAAUAUGGCCGAGAAUUUUCUUCGGAGGCGCCAUUCUACCGCGGCGUUUCUGGAUAUGGAGAGAUGGAAGGCCUUGCUGGUCAAGGUCCUGGCCCUGGUACUCAAGCUAAUAUUUUCGGGUCUCCAGCCCAAGGUGACCUUGCACUUUUACCAAACUAUAUGCAGCCGGAUGCAUCGAAUCAGAUGGAUACUCCGAUCUCCAAAGACUUGUACAACAUCCCUUCACAUUCACCCAACGGUGCCGCUGAUUUGCAGUCUACUACCAAUGCUACGUCUGCCUCUUUUCAACACCAUCCUGCUCACCAUAAUCCAACAGCCACCAGUGGGGUAGCUAGAUCUCCAGGAAUGAGUGAAUUUCCUGUUGCCCAUACGCAUGAAUAUGGCAUGCGGACUGGUUCUUCCGACCUUUUUGAAGAGCCGACCCCUGGGGCUUCCAUGCAUCCAUCUAUAAGCAUAUCUACUCUUCUCUCAAGAAACGAGGGCUACGACCCAUCUACUCAUAAUGUUAUGCCCGAACAAAUAUCCCCAGCCAUGGCUCCUCCUUUAGACGUAUCUUCUCUCCCUCAUACCAUUUUACGUGGCGUUUCACCCUCUCAAAAGCAAUCUCCUAUUCCGCACACGGUACCAAACCAAUCACGUCGUCGUUAUAAUAAUUCUAAUCCUCAGCCCGUAAACCAUUCUGCACCUCUGUUAUCUCCAGAAGCUCCUUCCAUAGAUUCUGAUGAAAUCCUUAGCGCGGAUGAAGAUGAGCAGCAAACAAUGGUUACGCGAUUUAAUUAUCUACAACAUCUCCGAAAUCGGCGAGAUGAAGCUGUUCAUGCUGAAAAAAAGCGCCUUCUAGAUAUUCGCUCCUCGCUACACAAUCGGUUCAUUUGGCGAUAUGAAGCUCGGUAUAAUAAGCUGCAUGCUCUAGAGUACUCUCAAAAUCAUGAUUGGGCAGUCCACCAGGCUAUUCGGGAGGAAGUGGCUGCUUUAGAAGCUGCAAAAGUUCGUGCAGAAGAAGAACAAAAACAACGUGAAAGACUUGAACUUGAGCGUCUUGAAAAGAAAAAGCUAGAAAAGAACGAAAAGGAGCGGCAUCUUCUUGAGAGCACUGAGCAGAAAGAUGCUGCUAAAGAUAAUACACGUACUCAUGAAGACAAUGUUAACGAGUCUGACGAAAUUCCUAUUUCCGAGUCUAGACAAGAGGUUCCUCCUGCAGAAUCAAAACCUAAGUCUAGAAGUGAAGCUAGAACUGAGGCGAGGGCAAGAAUAAAGGCUAAGGCUCGUGCGAAAGCUGCCACUGCCGAAUCCGCAGGCCAAGAGGACCUUGCAAAGAAAGAAGCGACAAAUGACCAAACGCCUAAGUCUUCUAUUGCUGAAGACGGAGAGUCUUCACCUGAGACUCCUUUAACCAAAGCUUCAAAGGCAAAGAAAGCUAAGUCUUCCAAAGCUACAGGUGAUUCAGCAAAAGCCGCUGGUGAACAAAAGUCAACGCCUAAAAAGAACACGAAGAAAAGACCUCAAAGAUCUGGCCAAGCGGGAGAAGAAGACUCUAGCGCCACAAAAGAGGCAGCAGACCAGGCAGAAAAAGCCAACACAGUUGAAGGUACUGCUGAUGGAAAGGCUGCUACCGCGACUCCUAAUAAAAAGAAGAAAACGGUUGAGUCCAUUCAAAUGCAAAUCAUUAAAGAUAUCGUCAGAAAGGAAAUUCCAAAAGUGUAUAAAAUAAUACAGCAAAAUCACUAUAAUCGUUCGACGAAUGCUCGAAAAACCUCUCAGCUGGCAUCCAGAGAAGCAAGACGUUGGCAGUUCCGUACGAUAAAGAAUAACAAGGAUAUGCAGACCAAGGCCAAACGUGCUAUGCGUGAAACUAUGGUCUUUUGGAAGCGUAAUGAGCGUGAAGAGCGUGAUUUGCGCAAGAAAGCAGAAAGAGUGGCUUUGGAUCGUGCUAAGAAAGAAGAAGAGGAUCGUGAAUCUCGUCGACAAGCUCGAAAGUUAGAUUUUUUAAUUACACAAACAGAAUUAUACUCGCAUUUUGUUGGUAAAAAGAAGGUUGACAGAGAAAACUUACCGUCUUCAGAUGCACCAACCGCUUCUGCAAGUGAACUAAAUUUUGAUUCUGAUGAUGAGGAAAGUAUUCACAAAUUAGCCGUCGGAAAUGCCCAAGAAGCGAUGCUACGAACUCGCGAACACUCCAGAAUGUUUGAUACUAAACCUAUUUCUUCCAGCAGCAGUACUGCCGACAUGAAUGAAGGAGAAAUGAAUUUCCAAAACCCUACCUUGAUGAACGCUGUUGACGUAGGACAACCCAAGAUGUUGAUGUGCAAGCUGAAAGAAUAUCAAUUGAAAGGUCUCAACUGGCUUGCCAAUUUAUAUGAACAAGGUAUCAAUGGUAUCCUAGCAGAUGAGAUGGGGUUAGGUAAAACCGUGCAAUCUAUAUCUGUAAUGGCUUACCUUGCUGAGACCCACAAUAUUUGGGGACCUUUCCUAAUUAUCGCUCCUGCUUCUACUCUUCAUAAUUGGCAGCAAGAGAUUACUCGCUUUGUUCCAAAACUGAAGUGCAUUCCGUAUUGGGGAAGUACCAAGGAUCGUAAAAUCUUAAGAAAAUUUUGGUGCAGGAAAAAUAUGACUUACGACGAAAACUCACCUUUUCAUGUUGUCGUCACUUCCUAUCAACUUGUUGUGUUGGACGCCCAAUACUUCCAAACAGUGAAAUGGCAAUAUAUGAUUUUGGAUGAAGCACAAGCAAUUAAGUCUUCUUCUAGUUCACGUUGGAAGAGUUUAUUGGCUUUCAAAUGCAGAAAUAGAUUACUUCUGACUGGUACUCCUAUUCAAAACACGAUGCAAGAGUUAUGGGCUUUACUUCAUUUUAUUAUGCCUACUCUUUUUGAUUCUCAUAAUGAGUUUAGUGAAUGGUUUUCAAAAGAUAUUGAAAGUCAUGCUCAGAGUAAUACUCAAUUAAAUGAGCAGCAACUUAAACGGUUGCAUAUGAUUUUGAAACCAUUUAUGUUGCGAAGAGUGAAGAAAAAUGUUCAGUCUGAAUUAGGUGAAAAGAUUGAAAAAGAGGUUUAUUGUGACCUUACCCAAAGACAAAAAAUACUAUAUCAAGCUCUGCGGCGACAAAUCUCCAUUGAAGAAUUAUUAGAAAAAGCAGUUUUGGGAGGUGAUGACACGGUUGCCAGUAUCAUGAAUUUGGUAAUGCAAUUUCGAAAGGUCUGCAAUCAUCCAGACUUGUUUGAGCGUGAAGAUGUUCGCAGUCCUUUAAGUCUGGCAACUUGGAGCAAAUCAGUUUACAUUAAUAGAGAAGGUUCAUUUCUGGAUGUGCCAUAUAAUACCCGAAAUUUUAUAACCUUAGAAAUUCCACGGCUAAUGUACAAAGAGGGUGGAAUCUUGAAUGUGCCGAGUCAAAGAAGUCGAGCUGGUUUUAAGAAUAAAUAUUUAAAUAAUCUUAUGAACAUUUGGAACACAGAGUACCUUCACAAUUCUUCAGCGAGUGACGAGAACUCUUCUUUUUCUUGGCUUCGUUUUAUCGGUGAAUCCCCUUCCUCUAUUAAUCAUUCUGCUCAUAACCCUUUGUUAAGUUUAUUGGAGAGUUCAAGUAAUAACUCUGUUUCCUCCCAUAGAUAUCAAACACGGCAAGCCCAAACCCUUGAUGGUGAUUAUUUUAACAAGCAUAAAAUGCUAUUAUUGCCUGAUAAUUUAACUAAGCUGAAAUGUUUAGGUAAAGAUGCUAACGUGGACAGCCCUAUGUACAAAUUAACGAAUGUCAUUGAAGAAAGCGAUGCACAAUUGGACUUAAUUUUGUUAGACUCUGUUUUAGUUCAAAAAGCUACUGCUCCUCCAGUAGAAAUAUAUUGUCCUGGAAGUAGACAAUUUAUGCUUGAUCAAGCCAUGUUCAUCAGAGAUCCAACUUGGAGUCACUAUAUGUAUCAGCCGCUAAAGAGCGAAGAAGAUCGUAUAAUUUCAGAUCCAGCCAUAACAGUUCUGCCUCCUCCUCGAGAACCUUUGGUUCCUUCAUUAGGAGUUGCAAAAGGAUCAUAUUCAUUUGUACGUAUUCCUUCAAUGUCUCGAUUUAUUGCGGAUUCUGGCAAGCUGUCCAAGCUCGAUAAGCUGUUAGCGGAGCUGAAGGCUAACGAUCAUCGUGUUCUUAUUUAUUUCCAAAUGACGAAAAUGAUUGAUCUUAUGGAAGAGUACUUAACGUAUCGUCAGCACAAAUAUUUGAGAUUAGAUGGUUCUUCGAAAAUUAGUCAACGUCGUGAUAUGGUUACAGAAUGGCAAACUCGUCCUGAACUUUUUGUCUUUUUGCUUUCUACUAGAGCAGGAGGUUUAGGUAUUAAUUUGACCGCUGCGGACACGGUUAUAUUUUAUGACUCUGACUGGAAUCCAAGUAUUGAUAGUCAAGCCAUGGAUCGAGCACAUCGUAUCGGCCAACAGAAGCAAGUUACAGUAUAUCGCUUUAUAACUAGAGGAACUAUUGAAGAAAGAAUUCUAUUUCGUGCAAAAGAAAAAGAAGAAGUUCAAAAAGUUGUCAUCUCAGGUGGAGAAACACUUCCUAAUAAACAGAUGGAUCUUAAAGGUAACUCACGAGAAAUGGUAUCGUGGUUGUUGGAAGAGUAAAUUAUUUAAUGAAUAUACACAGAGCCUCAUUUUUAGGUGUCCUAUUAGUUGUUAUCUUUGUUUACUGUUUAUAGUUAUUCAUACCCUUUUCAUCUAUUAAUGGAGGGUUAUGAAAACAAUUAUCAAAUAAUAUUUAUAGAAAGUUCAAAUUCAUAUUAGUACACAUUUAUCUAUAUUAAAUAAAUUUUAGACACAAG